CUAAAUUUCACCUUUCUAUACAAUGUCUGCCAUCAAGGUUCACGCUCGCCAGAUCUUCGAUUCCCGUGGUAACCCCACCAUCGAGGUUGAAUUGACAACCGCCAAGGGUGUCUUCCGUGCUGCUGUACCUUCUGGUGCCUCUACUGGUAUCCACGAGGCCCUCGAGCUCCGUGAUAACAUCAAGGCUGACUAUGUUGGCAAGGGUGUCCUCACUGCCGUUGAGAAUGUCAACAAGCUUAUUGCCCCUGCUCUCAUCGAGUCCAAGAUUAAUGUCGUUGACCAGAAGGCCGUUGACAACUUCUUGUUGGAGUUGGAUGGUACUGAGAACAAGAGCAAGUUGGGUGCCAAUGCUAUCUUGGGUGUAUCUCUUGCUGCUGCCAAGGCUGGUGCCGCCGAGAAGAACGUUCCUCUCUACGUUCACUUUGCCGAUCUUGCUGGUACCAAGAAGCCUUUUGUCCUCCCCGUCCCCUCUUUCAACGUUAUCAACGGUGGUUCCCACGCCGGUAACAAGUUGGCCAUGCAGGAGUUCAUGAUCAUGCCCACUGGCGCCAAGUCCUUCUCUGAAGCCAUGAAGAUUGGUUCCGAGGUCUACCAUGUCCUCAAGGGUGUUAUCAAGGCCAAGUACGGCCAGGAUGCCACCAACGUUGGUGAUGAAGGUGGAUUUGCCCCCAACAUUCAGGAUAACCAAGAGGGUCUUGAGCUCCUUGUCGUUGCUAUCGAGAAGGCUGGCUACACCGGUAAGGUCAAGAUCGCCAUGGACUGUGCCGCCUCCGAGUUCUACAAGGAUGGAAAGUACGAUCUUGACUUCAAGAACCCUAACUCUGACCCUGCCGACUAUAUCACUGGCCAGCAGUUGUCUGAGCUCUACAAGUCCUUCGCCGAGAAGUACCCCAUUGUAUCUAUUGAGGAUGCUUUCGACCAGGAUGACUGGGAGAACUGGAGCCACUUGUUGUCCAACUCUGACUUCCAGUUGGUCGGUGAUGAUUUGACCGUCACCAACCCUGCCCGUAUCAAGACUGCUAUCGAGAAGAAGGCUUGCAACGCUCUUUUGUUGAAGGUCAACCAAAUAGGUACCAUCACCGAGUCUAUCCAGGCUUCUCUCGAUGCUCAGGCCGCUGGCUGGGGUGUCAUGGUUUCCCACAGAUCUGGUGAGACUGAAGACACCACCAUUGCUGAUCUUGUUGUCGGUCUCCGCACUGGCCAGAUUAAGACUGGCGCCCCUUGCCGUUCCGAGCGCUUGGCCAAGUACAACCAGCUUUUGCGUAUUGAGGAGGAAUUGGGUGAUGCUGCCAUCUACGCUGGUGAAGACUUCCGCAAGGCUCACGAUCUGUAAAUAAUCUUAAAUAAUCUUUCUA